CUCACAAAUCUUCUCCCUGAAAAUCACCCACCCCGUCUACCUGAUACCGGUAAACUCUGCAACAGAUGAUUUGCUUUUUAUUUCGAAAGUAAUGAAAAACGACGUCAUUUUGGAACUGCGCUUGCAGAGUGUUUACGAAACUGAACCAGAGUUGAGACUGACCAGGCUAAUUAGGAGACAGCGAUUUGAGGAGGCCGAAAAAUUUGCCAAGUCCUUCAACAUCAACCCUGUGGUGAUACUGAAAGCGAGAGCCCAGCUUAUAGUUGAUAAAUCAGAAUGUACCUCUCAAGAUAUCAGCAAUUUGAUAAAGCUCAUGGAUUCGAUACAUGAUGAGUACUUCAAGUUGCAGUGUUGUUCGAAUGUUGACUGUGGUAAAUUUGACGACGUGCGAAAAAUAUUGACAUAUGGAGCCAAAAUAUCUGUGAAGAAUGAUGGUACCUCUCAGAAUAUGAAACGAGUAUUGACAGACUUGUUGUUCCGCUUCGAUACAUUCACAGCCAUUUUGAAGCCCGAAGACGAUAUACAGUCGUGGUAUAAGUUUUCGACUUGUAACAUGAUUGAAGAGUUGAAGGUGUACUUGAAAAACUAUGAAAUUGAAGAAGCGAUCCUCAUAUAUAGCCGGAUGGACCAGAAGUCGAUAGAUGACCUCACCGAAGAUUACGUUCAAGAAAUUUUGGCUAUUCUAAAUGAUCUACCAAUGAACGUUUAUCAACCGUUUUUACCGACGUUUAUUCCUAUAACGAUAACACACCUGCCGACGUGUUUGUCCAUUUUCGUGAAAUGGUUGUACGGAAAGAUUUUCUUCUUGGAAAAAAGGGACAAACUGAAUUUCCCGCAGAGCGGAAUAACUCUGGCAGAGAACGUGUUGAAGCUUCUCAAAGUCGAGAAAAACAGUUUGUCAUUUCAAAGGCAAUGCACGUUGAACAAAAGGAGCAUCGAAGAUCUCAGCAAGCUCAUCGACGCACUGAAAAUUCUGCUACGAUUGAAGAAACAGUUUAGAAUUGACGUCAAUCUAUCAGAUUAUUUUGAGGGCCCUGAGUAUUUGAUCCACACUCUGCUGACUAGCAACAUGACUCCAGAAGAUUAUGAUGACUUUUUAGAGCAGUUUCUGUACAAUUACAUGCUUCAGAAUAACUUUGACCCCGACGAGAUUUUCCUGGAUGAAAUCAAGGUUUGUUUUAGAUAUUCAAAGAGAAAUUACUGA